AUGUAUUUAUCCCAAGUAUUCCUGAUUGCAAGUCGACAUGGAAUUAUUAAUGCUCAAGGGGAAGAAAAUCUAUCCCAAACAUUAGUGAUAGGUAGAGAUCAGUUGGAAAAGGCUAUGGGUGAAGCUAUGGAGAGGGUUGAAGCUAUGAGCCAAGUGGAAUUAAAGUCUGCUUUGUUUAAAGACCAAAUAAAUGAUGUAUUAAUACCAAGAAGUAAAUCUUACAUGAAAAUCAAGAUGGGCUUUGUUUCAGUAUUCGCUGCCACAAGGAUCAGAGAUAUGAUUAAAGGUGCUGAAAAAAAUGACGAUAAACGCCUAAUCGCUGUAAUCUCUGAUAUAGCUGCUAUACUCGACACGUCGCUUAGAGCCUUAUCGCGUUUACUCAAAACGGGAUUUAAAUCGUUGGAUCUGAAUGGAACAAUGAUGAGUUUUGAAUGCCCUUACGAAAACCGAUUAAGAAGGGAAGAUGAUAAAGAAAAAACUCCAAGUUGUGACCCAUAUUACAGGGAAAUAGAUGGAUAUUGCAAUAAUUUGAAAUAUCCCUUCAGAGGAAUGGCUAAUUAUCCAGCUCAAAGAUUUAUCCCGGCUGAUUAUGGAGAUGGGUUAAGCUCUCCGAGGUUAAAUAGAGUUGGUGGCGAACUUCCAAAUCCUAGGAUGAUAAGUGAGGUAUUGCCUAAGACUCCCAGAGAGAAUUUUUUUAUAACAAAUAUGGUUAUGACCUUCGGUCAGCUACUGGAUCAUGAAUUUGCUUUGGCUUCCAGCCCCACUGGUUUUAAAUACGGAAAAUUAAAAUGCUGCAAAAGAUCAGACGAGGAUAUAACGGAUAACGACAAAAAUCCGCUUUGCUUUGCCUUAAAAAUUAAUGCGUCUGAUAACUUUUACGAAAAAUUUAAUCUUAAAUGCAUGGAGGUAGUGAGAUCAUUUCCUGUGAUCUCUCGAGAUUGUCAUUUAGGUAGUAGAGAACAAAAUAAUGAAAUCACUUCUUUCAUAGAUGCCUCCCCUAUCUACGGCUCAUCCAAAGAAAUUUCAUAUUCUUUGAGAACAUUUGAUAAAGGAUUGAUGUUAACACAACCUAAUCCCCGACACCCUAAAUUGAAGCAUUUAUUACCCGUUUCUGAAAUAUCAUUUUCAAAACAAUGCGAAGAUAAACGAAACACUUCAUACAGAUGUUUUGCUUCUGGCGAUGAGAGAGUUAAUGAAAACACAAUUUUGAUAGCAAUUCACACUUUAUUUGUUCGAGAACAUAACAGGAUUGCGAAUGGAUUACUAUUGGUGAAUCCUCAUUGGAACGAUGAAAAAAUUUAUCAAGAGAGUAGAAGAAUCUUAGCCGCUGAAAUUCAACAUAUUACCUAUAAUGAAUUUUUGCCUAUAAUAAUUGGAGAAACUAACAUGAGAAGAUUUGGACUAAAUCUACAGAGGACUGGCCACUUUCAUAGUUACAAUCAAGAAGUGGACGCGACUGUAGAUCAUGGGUUUGUCACAGCUGCUUUUAGAUUUGGGCAUAGCUUGAUAAAUCCGAGCAUCUCGAUGUUAGAGGACUAUACAAGAUAUCGCCCAAUUAGACUGCAAAACGACUUUUUCCAACCUGAGCAUACGUAUGGAUCAAGGUUCCCGAGUGGGUUGGAUCCUAUAUUCAGGGGAAUUUAUAAACAAAAUUCGCAAAUGAUGGAUCAUCACAUAGUAGAAGACGUUAGGGAUCAUCUUUUCCGACUUCCUUCAGAACCAUUUGGUAUGGAUUUGAUUUCAAUAAAUUUGUUGCGAGGCAGGGAACAUGGAGUUCCUUCUUAUAAUACUUGGAGAGAAUUUUGUGGUAUGCCCCGUUUCGAAAAAUGGACAGAUAUGAUAGGAAUGUUUCCUGCUAUCGUGUUUCAUAGACUUUCCUCUAUUUACAGCCACCCCGAGGAUAUAGAUUUAUUUAUAGGAGGGGUCAGUGAAUUUUCCCCUCAAAGACUUGGGAAUAACCCCUCUCAAGGACUCUUAGGUCCAACGUUUGCUUGUAUAGUGGGCCACCAAUUUAAUCGAUUUAAAUACGGUGACAGAUUUUGGUAUGAAAAUUCUAAUAUCUCUGGAAUUAUUAACCACGCCUUCACGACAGAACAAUUGCAGGAAAUAAGAAAGGUGUCGCUUAGCAAAGUUGUCUGCGAUAACUCGGAUAGGAUUUUCCGAAUUCCAGAAAACGUUUUCCUCUCAUCAAAUAACCUGUAA